AUGGGAGCAUCAGAAAAUAUGAUUCUCGCAAUUUUCAGCACACCUUUACUUUCCAGCUAUAAACCUGUUGUUAUUAAGUACAGCAGUGUUCUUCAAAUUAUUGUGAAGCCUCGUGCCUCACUGCCCCCUCCCCCCGGUGUGAACAGAAAAAUAAGAUGCGAAGGUUCUUCAUCGGAGGAAGACGACAACGAUGAAGCUCCUCCCUGGGCUCCUGCCAUAAAGCAGACUCCUAAGAGACCUGCUUCGAAAAAGGAUACUGCAGCCCUGACACCUGUGAAGUUUGCCGCAAGACAAGGAGAACAAGAAAGAGAAGUCGAAGAAGAUCAGCGCUUGAGCUGA